AAAACCGCCCCCAAUAUCUUAAAACAAAACAAAAAACCCAAAUUACUAUCUAUUGUGAUUCAAAAAGAAAUGACAGGGAAAUACUAAAGGUAGGAGGAUUUUGUAGCCUCCACAUCAAAAGGAGUCCCCUCACUGAAUAAAUUUAGCCUGAUCAGAAACCCACUACAGCAUCUUUAUCUUCCUCAUUUCACUGUGGGUUGGCACCUGGCAACACUGCCUCACUCAGCUCUCACCCUCGCGCAGGAAUCCCUUCCACAAAUGCUCCCGCGCCCUGUCCCGAGUGUUGGCUCAAGCAGGUCGCUGGCUGCCUCAUAAACCAACCAGUUCUAAAAGUAGCAGAACGUGAGAAAAAUGCACAAAAAUCAAUACCAUUCCUAUAAACACAUGAUCAACACCCUGAAAAUGCAAUGAAACGAGAGAGCCCUUUCACAACAGCAACAAAAGUAUCAAAUGCUUGGGGAAUAGAUGCCACAUAUUCACAUCUCAAACUCCAUAUGACAUAGUAGAAUAAUGUAAAGAAAACACACAACCUUAAUGGAAGAAAUAGAAACUCAAAUAAAUGAAGACAGAGAUCAUACUCCUGGCUUAAGACAAUACAGAAAGGACGACAAUAUUUCCCAGCUUAAUUUAUAGAUUGAAUGCAAUUCUAGUCAAAAUAUCACCAAUGUCAUUACAGAACUUGAUAAAAAUGGUUCUUAAAUUCUAUAGAAAAAUAAAUGGGGGAAACUACUCGAGGAUUCUGAGAUGAUAUGCAGGAAGAAGGCACUAGCCCCAGGUCUUAGAACAGCGGACAACGACGAUCGUUAAGGCUGUAAAGCAGUCAUGGUACACACUGGGCAAGGACGUCACUGUUUCACAAAUGGAGCAGGAAUUAACCUGGUAUCAAUAAAAACAUACAUAACACACGUUAUGGACAGACAGAUGUUUUUCAAAACCCUUUUAUCUCAAUUAUGGACAGGAAGUUUUGGGUUUAAAUAACUAAGCAACAUCAGAAAAUUUCAAAGUGACAAAGAUGAAGAUUACUUGACAGCCUAAACAAAACAAAAACUUUCUAAUUUCUAUAUAUUUUUCUAAGGUCAUCUCAAGCCCCACCACCUCAUUCCUAGGGUGCUUAUAGUCCAAAGCACAAUUUGGAAUUAAUUAGAUUCAUCUUGCUCUCUAAAUUGUGAGUGUGAGUGUGUGGGCACGGCAAAGCCUUCCGACUGGGCUCCUGCGUCAAGGCCCUGCCCGGCCCGCGGCGCCCAGCAGGCUGCAUGCAGGCCUCGCUCCCCGGCGGGCGCUGGCUGCCUGACUGCUUGCACUGCUCUCAAGGGCGACUGUGACCCAAGUCCUCACUUGCUUCAAACCAAAUCAGAACUCUCAUUGGGGCACACAAAAGCCUUCUCCUGCUCUUCCUUCUUCCCUCGCGAGGGAAGAGCUGGCAGGGAGGUCAUGGCUGCUUUUUGAGGGAAUUUCUCGACCAGCAAAGGGAAAAAUGCCCAAUUUACAAUGAUUUUUUAGUCAACACAAUGGAUGGAGAAGGGGGCCCAGAAUUCACCACCAGCCUAUAAUGAGUUCAUUUCUGGUUUUGAGGAGACCUAUUCUUCUAUUCUCCUAGUUUCCUGACGUUUUUUUUAUCAUGUGUGGUUCAUAUCUCACCGUAGAACCUAUGGGAUCUACAUGAUCUUGGCACUGGAGGUGACUUUGUCAAUCACCUGGCCCAACGUUCCUAGGAUCCUUAUAUGCAGGGAAAGAAGGGGUGGGAAGCAAAGACUGAGGUUCCACCGGAAGCAGAGGUCGGGCCAUUGGAAUGCACCCGGCUGUGGAAGUGCUGAUUAUAAACUGAUCCAGAUCAAUCCCCACCCCCCCGGACUGCUUGACAGGGUCCUGCAAGCUAAGGGAGCCACACACUCUAACGCCAGUGCAGGGCAGGACGGAUCUUUACCAGACUGCCUUUUGGAAAAACAAAGCUGAGAGCAAAUAACAAACAAAUACCUUAGAAUCCUGUUUAACUCAAAGCUAUGCGACGGUGAACAAGGCUGCUUUCCCGUUAUCAGGAUGGACUGAUUACAGAGCCCAGAGUCAUUUGCCUGAAGAUAAUUGCCUCAAUUCUCCACUUCACUUUGCACAUAUAGAAAUAGUCCCAAUCUACCGGAGCCUCAGUGACUAGACAUGUAAAAUUGGUCUAAUCAUAUUUUGAAGAGCUCGAGCUGAAAGGAUUUCUAUGAGCGUGCGCCUGAACCAUGACACCACUAAGAGUUUCUCCCCUCUGGGCUCAUGGCUCGCUCGCUCCCCCACCAAGUCUGAAGGGGUGAGUCAGAUCCUCAGCAGAUGAGACAAAAACAACUUUGAAGCUCUCUGUCAGUGACGGUGGCUGGAGGAAACAGUGGGAUGACCGGGAGAGCUGGACAAAAGCUAACACCACGAGCUGGGGGAUGCUCCUGACUGUUGAGUAGUCCUCUGCAAGGAGGAAGCAGAGGUGCCAGGGCAGAGGGGGAUGUCUGAGACUAGAAUCACCUGGGCUGCAGGCACUUCUGGACACUGAUGUCUCAGCUGGCUAGGGGAAAGAACCAGACAAGCUAACAUGUGAGCUAGGGCUAGGCAAAUGGACAGAACCCAGUCCCAAUUUCCACAAGACAAAGCCAGGCACAUGACCAGAGUCCAGAGUAUAAACAGGGACCACAUGAAAGCUGAGUGCUAGGGCCCAAGCAGAGAAAGGGAGGCAUCACGCCUGAGAAGGACCUGAACGCCCAAGCCUAUGCUUUGCCUAAGCAAGGGAGCUUCUAGACUCUUCCUGUUGGAUCAGGAGCCUAGAAAUUGCUCCUCCCGUGACAGAGGUAGGUAGACAGGUAGGUAGGUGGGUGGGUGGGUGGAUGAUGUACUCGUGGGAGAACCUCUAUAGAGCCCAAGGCAAAGGGCAAGGAAAGAGCACCCCCAAGAAUACAAUCCCUGACAGUGCUGUACACAGGAAUACGUUCGUUUCUGAUCCUAUCUCCCUGUAAAAACGAACGCACAAACAGAGGAUUGUAAUCCCAACAAUGGCCUGGACAGAAUCCAGCCAUGUCAAAAAGAUGAUUAUUUCCCCCUAUUGUUUGCUUUUAGCUCUAGAUGGCAUUCCCCCAAAAUCACAAAAUCGGGAGCUUGGGGUUGUCACUAUUUCUACUGGUGAGAGCCAAUCGAUAUCAUUGCAGUCUGAAUAACAGCAAAACAACACCCCAGAGAAACGAGCCAAAAGCUUUUGUAUUGUACCCAGACCUCUUUAAGGGGCAGGCGGAGGAGCAAUGCCAAAUUCUCAGUGGGCUCAAGCCUGUCUGGCUGAUUGCCACAGUCAGGGGUGGGAAACACUUCACACUCCCUGAAUUCAUUUCUACCCAAAGGAAAGUUUGAAAAGCUCUCCAUCUCCCAAAAUAGUCCUUUCCAAUGACUGUCCAAAAAAUAUGUUCAAGAGUGAUUUACCCAGUCGCCUAGCAGAGAAGAACCAAUCUUUUAUCUUACGUCUCAUCUUGGAGAAUGUGUUGGUGUCUGUGGGACCCAUGACAAUAGCCUGGCAAGCCUUUUGAGAAUUUAUGUGAUUCAUCUCUGUCUCCCCCAGAGUGACCAGCACAGGGCUUUGCACACGGUAGAUACACAGGAACAGGUGGAUUGAAAGUAAUCCUCUUACAGGCUUUAAAAAAAAAACAAAAUCUCCAAGUCAGACCAGGUAUAAACCCUUCCCUUCCAGAAAACCACUAGAUGCCUCUCCAUCUGACUGCAACCACAGUUACUCAACUUGCCUCCCUCGUUUACCUGUCUGGUGUAGGAUUUAUUAUUUGGCACCUGUUGGCAAUCCACUUUUUAAUAUUUGGGGGCAUUUCGCAUUGAUAUGCAUGUUGUUGAAUGGCAGGAGUUGUUCACUCUCAAUUACCUCCAACUCCCCAUGAUGCCUGGAAUAGUGUCUUGGUCACAGAAGUGACUCAAUGCAUGAUUGCUAAAUAGUCAAUUUCAUUUUUAAUUUCCGAGACAGCUCCAGGAGGGGAGGCAAAGAGGACCGAUAUAAUUAAUAGACAGACUUGACUAAUUUCUUUGCUUCAACAAAUGAGCUGUGAAGCCCAGAGACUGAGAGCCCUACCCCGGUUAUGAAAGCUCCACUACAGACUGCUGGUUCCAUCACAUACACCUGUUUGCUCAUGUCCUGAAACUGCCACCCAAACAUUCCUUCCUGUCACUGAGACACUUGUACUUUCAAAUGCUUCUAAAAUAGAAGCAGAGUCGGAAGAGCGCAGCCAUUACUGGAGCCCCCAGCCCCUGUCCCAAGGCCUCCAGAUGCCCUUCAUGGAAUCGCAAUCGGAGCUGAAAAGAACUUUGGUGGGUCAACUUCCAACUCUACCAGGCUCGUGAAUCCCAUGGGAAACAUCUCCAAUAUGUGGUCAUCUGUCCUUUGAUUUAACACUACCCUGACAAAGAGCCAACCACCUCCUGACAGCCACUCCAUUUCAGAGCCCCAAUCGUUAGAAUAUUCUUCCUUGGGCUGAGCUGAGCUGAAAUCUGCCUGUUGUAACUACCACCCAUAGGUUCUAAUUUUGCCCUCUGGAGACACAUAAAAUCUCUCUUAAUGCCUCUUCAACAGGACAGUGCUUUAAGGGGCUGAAGACAAUACCCUUCACAAUUCAUCCAAAUAAAAACCUUAUUGUAUAAUACUGUAAUGAACUGGAAACUGCGUUUUCCUGUCCAACUGGUUUAGGAGCCUCCCUCCAGCAGGGCCCUGUAGGUGAUAUAUGUCCACACUUUAUUUACCGGCAGACAGACAGAGCCCCGUGUUCCUUAGCCUGGUAACAACCGGAGGUCGUUCAUCACCCACUUGCUCCUUUUUGAAAUUCACUCUGCAGCAAGCACUUUUUAAAAUCAUGCACGUAAUGCAUUUUAAAGAGCAUUUUCUGCACGGAUCCAUUUGCUCGACCUCGGCUCUGAGCGGGAGAUGGAGCAGCAUCUCAGUGCGGUCCUCCUGCUCCUCCCGGAGCCUUGUGUAGAAUAUACACCGAAAUGUAUUUGUAACUAUACAUGACUGAGGCUCUAAAACGCAGUGUUUUGUUAAAUGUUUGUUUGCUGAUUAAAAUGCAUCUUGCAAAGAAAGUGCAUUACUGAUGCAGAAUCUAGUCCAAAAAUAUGUAUUAUGUAAUGCACAUUUUUUAAUAAUGCAGGCAAUCUCGGUGUAUCUGUAUUAGUGGAUCAGCUCUGGGCUGCCAUCUCCAUUAUAGGCAUAAAGCACUCCUUCUGAAAAACGAACUACUUUCUUACGUAUGCUAAAGAAUUGUAACCCACCCUGUUGCUGACAGUUGGGAUUCACCUCCUUGGAAGGGCAUUCACCAGCACCCACAUAUUCCUGAUCUCUUUCCCAGUGGGCCCUGAAAACCAUUUGAAUGACAUCUUUCUGUUCCAUACACUGUCAGUGGGGCUGUGCUAACUGAAAGAAAGCAGGCAGGUGGGUCAAUAUGAGCAGAACCUUUAGAAAUGUCCCCCCUUGGUCAGGGCUGAGAGGUCAGGAUUUAAGAUAUUCAGCUCCCAAUGGCCGUGGUCAGUGUCCCAUCAUAAUAGCCACAUGAUUGGAGCCAGCCGGCCACUUGAGAUAAUAAAACUCAGUUUCUCUGGAAAGUGUUAGAGUGGGGCACAACUAGACUACAGACAUUUGUCCUUUUAUGGGGUGUGCCAAAUCAACCCCACUUUAUUAGACUAAUCAGUAUUUUAAUGCUACAAACUAACUCGAAGAACACAAGACACAAGAUAGACACAGCCACGAAGCCAGGUCAGGAACAUUCAAGAAUGUCCACAGCCAAGAUGCAGAAAUAAAAACCUCAACACACCAAAAGCAGUUGCUAGAAUCUUACUAAGGUGUCAGCUCUGGGUCUGACAACUUUAACGUGGACCUGGUGCUGACGGUGUGACGGCAAGUCCACCGCACUAACAGCACGUGACUCUUCAGCCACCAGGACAGGCACCAGCAGGGGACGCCUGGUGGACCACCUCCAAAGGGACAGCAGAAUUAGUAGAGGUCACGCCUCUUCAACUUUACCCUUAUUGACUCCAAGACAAAGUGUCCCAAGUGAAGCAAACUUGUUGCCACUUCCAUGGAUUCUAAGAAGAUGGUUUUGCUCUGAGUUAUGCCACUCUGGACUUGUCACUAUGACAAAGGGGGCAUUCCAUAUUUUAAUAGGGAGGGCAUGUACAACCCAGAAGAAGCAGUCACGUUACAGAUGGAACUCAAGAGCUUCCAAAGUACCGUCCCCUCCUGAGCAAGGAUGGCUCCAGGGAUCCUCCUCCGGGAGGACAUGGAACUCAUUGAUUUUCCAGGGCUGAGAAAGAAAUGGACUAAAUUUCCUCCCACCUUUUAGCCUUUGGGGUUCAACAAUAUGAUCUAGGGGCAUCUAGCCACUCCCUAACCCUAAUGUUCUGGUUGAGCCAAUAGAAUUCAAGCUGGAUUAAACAAUCCUGGUGGGUAAGGAAGGAUGCGGGGUGGGGUAAUGCUCGGACUAACAGUAGAGUACUCCUGAAUAUCCUUUCCUGAUUUUAAGAUUUUUUUCUUUUCUUUUUUUUUUUAAUCUACCUUCAGCACCUAGAACAGAGCUUAGCAUGUGCUAGGCGUUCAAUAAAUAUUUGCUGAAUGAAUUAACUUUACUGAAAACCUAUCUAUGAAAGAGCUUUAAAGGGUAGCCCGUGAGGUUUCCUCGAUAGCUGACCACCCUGAAGCACCCCCAGGGGCUAAGAAUUGGCUGCACCUACUGAAUAUCAGCGCAGGAAAGACUUCCCUUAACUAGUGGUUCUGGCUAAUGAGUCUGUCUCCCAGCAUACGUUCUCAGCUAGAGCCCAUGGCAGCCCACCAACGCGUUUGCAGACUUGCAAACCACCACCCCGUCUGUGGGGGUCCUUCUUAGCGAAGAUGCUUAUUUGUCCAUGAUGUAAUUAGCCAAUUGAGACUGCGUGUGUGUGUGUGGGGGGAUUUUUUAAACUUCUCUAAUUACAGUCACUACAGCAGUUCUGCCAAAGGUGGUUUCAUGAUUGACUGCCGCAGGUUACCAUUCAGACUAUUAAGCCCUUGGAAAAUGCCCGGGGCCGGAUCAUUAAUACUCACGUAUAGACCCCUAUUCCCAUGGAAUAUCUGGAGCGUUGUGGUCUGGUUUUUAGCUGCUUCGGGCUUUGUUCGUGUUUUCUCGAUAACCCUGGAGAAGUUGGGGAGGAUGCGGACCCCAUGGAGAUGCCAUGCCCAGCAGCCAAGUUCUGGAACCUGUGGCUAGCUCGCUCACUUGUUCCUUGGCACCCGCCAGGCCCCCCCACUCUCCGCUUUGCCCAAAUCCUUUCAAACAAGGAUCCCUCCUGCCACCUGCCGGCCCACUAGGGUCUGCGCCACCGACUCAGCGCCACCGCGCAGCUGGCGGGGAGACGCCCCCGCCUCCUUACUGCACAUGCCCGGCAGAAGUCCGGGCGCGCAACUUUGCAGAACCUCUCCUCCCCGUCUCUCCUCGCCUCAGUCUCCUCUUCCCUCUCCCAGGCGAGAGGACCAGCGGAGGCACCUCUCCCGAGUCUUGGACCGCAGCGUCUGAGACUUAGAGAGGGGAGCCCGGGAGGAGAUAGACUUUUUCUCCCCCUUUCCUAUCCCUUCUUUUUUUCUCAGAGGCAAGCAGAGGCGCGGAGCUUUAGAAAGUUGAGUGGUCAGGAAGGUAGGUGCUUCCCUUUUUCCCCUCACACCGAGGUGGGGCUGGGACCUCCGGAUCCAGCUUCUCACCUCGUCAGGUGCACCUUUUUCGGCUCUAGUAGUCAAUGCGCAUCGGAGCCGCUCUCUGCAGAGCCAGAGGGCGGGUCGGCUUCUCGGUGUGCGCCUAGGAGAAUGGAUCGUAGGUCCCGGGCUCAGCAGUGGCGCCGAGCUCGCCACAAUUACAACGAUCUGUGCCCACCCAUAGGCCGCCGGGCAGCCACCGCGCUCCUCUGGCUCUCCUGCUCCAUCGCGCUCCUCCGCGCCCUUGCCACCUCCAACGCCCGCGCCCAGCAGCGCGCGGCUGCCCAGCAGCGCCGGAGCUUCCUUAACGCCCACCACCGCUCCGGCGCCCAGGCGUUCCCCGAGCCCCCGGAAUCUGACCAGGAGCACGAGGAGGCAGACCUCGAGCUAUCCCUCCCCGAGUGCCUAGAGUACGAGGAAGAGUUCGACUACGAAUCUGAGACCGAGACCGAGUCUGAAAUCGAGUCCGAGACCGACUUCGAGACCGAGCCCGAAACCGCCCCUGCCACUGAGCCCGAGACCGAGCCCGAGGACGAGCGCGGUCCUGUGGUGCCCAAGCGCCCCACUUUCGGCGAAAGGGGCUCUCUCACCCAGCGCCUGCAGGCUCUGAGGCUGCGGAGCCCCGACGCCUCCCCAAGUCGUGCGCAGCCCAGCACUCAGGAGCCCCAGAGCCCCAGAGAGGGGGAGGAGCCCGAGCCCGAGGACAAGGAUCCGAGGGACCCCGAAGAGUCCGAGGAGCCAAAGGAGAAGGAGAAGAAGGAGAAGCAGCAGCAGCGCCGCUGCAAGCCGAAGAAGCCCACCCGCCGCGACCCAUCCCCGGAGUCUCCUUCCAAAAGGGGACCCAUCCCCAUCCGGCGUCACUAAUGGAGGACGCGCCCCAGAUUCUCCUUGUUUUCUUUGACCCAGGUUGGUUGCCCACCGCUAAACUGGGAAGCCUGGGGUCGGUGUGGGAACGGCGGCACGAGGGGAGAGAAAAGGAAAAGCAGGUUAGGAGGAAGGCGGGAAUAGAGCCGCCUCAACUAGCCCGCCCGGGAGGUGGGGGGCCAGGGCAAGCUGGGAAGGACUCCCCAAAUCUCCCCUGGGGCGUCAGGAGCGCCCAAGUGGCCAAAGGCUUGUUGGACGGUGGGGCGCUUCUUGCGCCCCUCUGGGGACAGCCUGAGGUCUCCAACCUACCUCCAGGACGCACUACUGGAUCCCCCCCAGGUUUCCAGCUGCACACGCGAAGGGCACGGGUAAGUACUUGUUUUACGCUCUUUUUUCUCUCCUAGAGAGACUAGUGUUAAACCAGUUGGUCUUGGCCGGCGCCAAAACGUGGUUCGGAGGUGCGCGCGCCAACUUUAACAAUACAAGGGCAGCCGCACUGUAGCGACACUGUUGCAAUGUGCAAAAAGUAAUCAGACUGGGAUUGGGCGAGAACUCCGGAGACUGCUGGCUCCGGGGCAAGUCGUGCGCGCGGCGCUCAAGACACUUAGAGCCUGGAGCCCAGGUCCCGGAGCUUCCAAUCUGGAACCACGGGACCUCGGCACCAGUACCCCCCACGGCUGUGCACCAGUCCUGGCCGCCACCGCCCGCCUCCGGGCGCUCGCCGGGCCGGAGACGGCGGCAAAGGGUGUGCGCACCUGCCCGCGCGCCCCAGAGCCGACUUCUCCGGGCGGCCGGUGGUUCCCCACGAGUCACCCGCACUCGGAGGGCGAGCAGAGGAGGUACGGGAGUCGUGGGGGAUACCCCUACAGGCUACUGGGGUUGGUGGCGCGAGCAUGGUCACGUCGGGGCAUCGCCAACCUUUGGGGCAGCUGGUCUGGCCACGAAGCUGGGCGCAGCUUGGCUGGAGAGGUCCCGGGCCGUUUGCGCAAGGCCCUGGGGGUGAAAGAGAGGGGCUAAGAGGCCCAAGAAGUGGUCGCCAGAGGAAAGGUAAAGCGGAAUGGGCUGGAGGGGGUCGCAUCUAUCACACUCUAAGAUGUGUCCCCAAAGAGCGGGGCACCCUCUGAGCUGGAGGAAAGGUGUUGGACGCGACGCAAGUCCUUGGGCGAUCGGUCGAGAGGGGGCAGGGGCAGGGGCAGGCGCCGGCGCCGGCGGCUUCUCCAGCCUCGGGGAGGGGAGGCGGCGCGCACCGGCCAUUUUCAGCUUGGGUGGAGCUAAGUUUGGAAUCUGUAACCUGGAGGAGAAACUGUCCUGGUGUCCGAGCACAAAAACGGCCGCAGUCAGGUAACGCAUCUUCGGUGCGGAGUGCGCCUUUCUCGCCAGU